UAAACCCUCUCCCCGUCUCUACGACCCAGAGACGCCACACGAGUUCGACUCUCGCCAAACCCCACCUCACAUACACACAGACACGCGGCCAUGUACCGGGCGGCGGCGGCGGCCAUUUCGCGGUCCUCCUCGGCGCUGCGGCGGCAGCUCGCGCGCGGCGGCGGCGGGGAGCAGCGGCAGUGGGCGCGCGGGUAUGCGGCGAAGGAGGUCACCUUCGGCGUCGGCGCGCGCGCCGCCAUGCUGCGGGGCGUCAACGACCUCGCGGACGCCGUCAAGGUUACCAUGGGCCCCAAGGGGCGCAAUGUGGUUAUCGAGAGACCGAACAGAUCCCCCAAGGUCACCAAGGACGGGGUCACCGUUGCCAAGAGCAUAGAGUUCGAGGACAGCGCCAAGAAUGUUGGGGCGAGCCUGGUGAAGCAGGUCGCGGAUGCCACUAACAAGGCAGCGGGAGAUGGUACCACUUGCGCAACUGUGCUUACACAGGCAAUUCUCACGGAAGGAUGCAAGGCUGUGGCAGCAGGGGUCAAUGUUAUGGAUUUGCGGAAAGGCAUAAACAAGGCUAUAAGCGCCGUCAGUGCUCACCUCAAAAGUAAAGCAUGGAUGAUUGAUUCGCCUGAUGAAAUAAACCAGGUAGCUACAAUUUCUGCAAAUGGAGAAAAGGAAAUUGGUGAUCUGAUAUCAAAAGCUAUGGGAAUAGUUGGAAAGGAUGGCGUCAUUACUAUUGCUGAUGGCAAAACUUUGGAUAAUGAGCUUGAAGCGGUCCAGGGAAUGAAGUUGACUAGAGGCUACAUAUCCCCUUACUUUGUAACUGAUCAGAAGACUCAGAAAUGUGAGUUGAAAGAUCCUCUGAUUCUUAUUCAUGACAAGAAAAUCUCAAAUAUGAAUUCACUUCUUCCAGCAUUGCAAAUUUCCAUCCAGAACCGCAGACCUCUUCUCAUUUUUGCUGAGGAUGUAGAUGGAGAAGCUCUUUCAAUGCUUGUACUGAACAAGCAUCGUGCUGGACUAAAGAUAUGUGCUGUCAAAGCUCCUGGAUUUGGUGAAAACAGAAGGGCCAAUCUGGAUGAUAUGGCUGUUUUAACAGGAGGGCAGGUUAUUAGCGAGGACCAAGGUCUUGAUCUUGAUAAAGUUGAACUACAAAUGCUCGGCACAGCUAAGAAGGUUACUGUAUCUCUUGAUGAUACUAUCAUUCUAGAUGGUGGAGGUGAAAGGCAACAGAUAGAAGAGAGGUGUCAACAGCUUAGAGAAUCACUCGAGAACAGCACCUCCAUGUUCGACAAAGAAAAGGCUCAAGAGCGUUUAUCAAAAUUAUCUGGAGGCGUUGCUAUUCUCAAGAUUGGUGGAGCUAGUGAAGCUGAAGUUGGUGAGAAAAAAGACAGGGUAACAGAUGCUCUAAAUGCUGCAAGGGCUGCUGUGGAGGAGGGUAUUGUUCCAGGUGGUGGAGUUGCACUUUUAUAUGCCACCAAGGAGCUCGACAACAUUAGCACAUCGCAUGAGGAUGAAAAGAUUGGAGUUCAAAUUAUCAAGAAUGCUUUGAAGGCCCCCCUGAUGACCAUAGCUGCAAAUGCUGGCGUCGAUGGUGCUAUAGUUAUUGGGAAGCUACUGGAACAAGAUAAUCUUAGUUUGGGCUAUGAUGCAGCAAAAGGGGAGUAUGUUGACAUGAUCAAGGCUGGUAUCAUCGACCCUGUGAAAGUUAUCCGGACCGCACUUCAAGAUGCAGCAAGCGUUUCUCUGCUGAUGACAACCACGGAGGCUGCAGUUGCUGAGCUCCCGUCGACAAAAGCCAGAAUUGCCAGUCGAAUGCCGGACAUGAGCGGAAUGGGUUUCUGAGGUCAAGUGCGGCAAUGCCGUCUCAUUUACCUGUUUUUUUUUGUUAAAGACAUGACAAACUUUAACUCCCCUGGUCUAUAGAUAAAUAGAGAUUUCCCUCCCUUUCAAGUGAGAGGUGCAAAGCUGUCACCUAUUUUGGUUUUUGAAAAACUCAUGGUUCAGUGCUUAUGUAACCUUAACUAGAUUCAGAGCCCUUUCAUUUUGGGUCAAAACUCAGAUAGAUUUGGACAAGACAAGCAUUUGGGGCUUUGAAUGUUAACUGGGCAACGUCUGGUGUUAUUGAGGUGCUUCUUUUGAUCAGUUCAA